UUUAUUUUGAAACGUUGAAUGUACUCAGGUGGUUCUGCGGGAUGUUGUUAGCAGCGUGUUACUGAUGGACUCAGAAGUUGGAUAAAUGAUCGGUGUUAUUCUGGACUUCAGGUGUAACAGACUCAUGAGAAGAUGUCUUCAUUAGUGGCCUACGAGGACUCAGGGUCGGAGGAUGAAUCCUCAGCUUCUGUUCAAACUGGAUCCUGUGACCCAAGCCAGGACGUUGUGUUGUAUAGUAACUCAAAGGUGACACCCAGCGCUCAGGGUUUAUACCCAGACCCCGACUGGACAUUGUUGGAACAUCAUGGAAAUAUCUCAGAAAGAAGCAGCUCCUCAUUACACCUUCACCCACACCCCCAUUUUGAUCAGAGGAUGACAUAUUGCAGCAGCAGGGCAGCACAAUAUAAGCAUUUUGGAGAUACUGCAGCUCCUCUGAGUUUACCUGCAACUCAGGAGAAGAUGGCUCCUCUCCAUUCUCUUCCUCACAUGCCACAAAGCUUUGGUGAUGGUUUGAACCAGGCAAAAAGACACCACAGUGUCCCGUCUGGUAUCAGACCGUACGUCCCCAAGAGACAGAGACUCGCCACUUCAGUAGAGACUUGUGACCCAAAGCUAUCGGCAGAGCAAGUCCCAGGGAAUCGGGCCGGGGAAAGCCAAGUUCUCUUAGAUGUGUCGGCAAGAGUGAAGCCGUAUCUCACUCAGAAGCCUGACGCGGCGGGGAUCCCGAGGAGGCUUCUGAUGAGACUGGGAGGCCACCAGGGCCCAGUCAACACUGUGCAGUGGUGUCCUGUGCCUCAUCUCAGUCAUCUGCUGCUCUCUGCCUCCAUGGACAGGACUUUCAAGGUGUGGGAUGGAGCAGAGAGCGGACGGUGCCUCAGGGUUUACACCUGCCAUUCGGGAGCCGUGCGCGACGCCUGCUGGACCCCCUGCGGGCGACACCUCCUCACUGGGUCAUUUGACAACACGACUGUGAUCACAGACGUGGAGACGGGGCAGCAGAAAGUGAAAUUUGACAACCAGUUCAAGGUGAUGUGUGCGGUCCUGCAUCCCAGCAGCCCAGACGUGUUCCUGUGCGGCGGUCACAGUUCAGUGGUCAAGGCCUGGGACUCUCGCAGCAGCAAGAUGGUUAAAACGUACAAAGCAGGGAUCCAGCAGACAUUGGACAUCCUGUUUCUCAGAGGCGGUUUGGACUUCAUAACAACGUCUGACUGUGUGAGCAGAGACUCUGCGGACCGAACCCUCAUCGCCUGGGACUACCAGACAGCCGCCAAGCUCUCCAAUCAGAUCUACCAUGAGCGGUACACGUGCCCCAGCCUGGCUCUCCAUCCGCUGGAGGACUCCUUUGUGGCCCAGACCAAUGGGAACUACAUGGCGGCGUUCUCCUCCCAGCAGCCGUACAGAAUGAACAAGAGGCGACGAUACGAAGGACACAAGGUGGAGGGGUAUGCGGUGCAGUGUGGGUUUUCUCAGGAUGGAACUAUCCUCGCCUCGGGGAGCGCCACCGGCUGCGCUCACUUCUACGACUACCACAACGCUCGGGCGCUGCACACCCUGCGCGCCCACAGCCAGCCCUGUCUGUGCGUGUCGCAGCAUCCCGUCCUGCCAGCGACUGCCGCCACCUGCGACUGGGCCGGGGAGAUCAAGGUCUGGCACUGACGACGGCGAACGAACACGAGAAUAUGAAGCGCGGGAAAAAAAAUUUAAGACGGAGCAGGUUUGCCAAGAUGAAGAUUGUAUUAAACUCAUGUGCACAUCCAUCCCUGAGACUUGAUCCCCCUUAAUCCCCUGGUAUAAGAUGAUAAGAACUUUAUCCACUGCCUUUGGAAAACUGUUUUUUAACACUGUGUAUUUUUAAAACCUCCCACACUCUCAUUCCCAUUGAUAUGAACUGAUCCUAUUGUGUUUACAUGUUUUUUUUUAUAUUUGGUCCAACUUGUAUUGUUUUAAAAUCAGGAAGAGUCGCACUGGGAGAGAUCAAAUGAAGUUUCUUUACAGUUCAAAGAGUGAAGUACUGCUUUGAGUUUUAUCUAAAGUGGUGGGCGGUGGAAAAGCGGUCUCGCCACACACACACACACACACACACACACACACAAACCCAAACCCAAACCCAAACCCAGUGCUUUUAUUCUCAGCUUUCCACUCCAAACACAGCCAGGGGGCAUCAUCAUCGUUGUUAUGUUAUUCUAGUUUUUGUCAAAACAGAAAGAAAAACAUGUCUUUGGGCAUUUGUGUUUGGGCAAAAGUGUUUUUCAUUGUGCAUUCUGCGUACAAAUCCCUUUUCCUCUGUUUGUUCUCCCCAGCUCUGGUAAAAAAAUUUCCUGUCGCUCUGACAGCUCAGAGAAUCACUGAGAACGACCACAGAUCUUCAAACUUUACUAAUAAAAAUAAGCUGAUGUCUGUCAAAGCUCCGCCAGGUGCUUCCACAAUCCUGCCAGUGGACAACAGAGCGGUGCUGUGCAGACAGAAGCUCAUGAUCUUUAUUCACUAUCAAGUGGAACAGGCCUUAAAACGCACACAGCUGUUUAGCGGAAGGCAACUUCUAAUGGCUCGAUACUUUUUUCCCCUUCCCAGCCCCUGCAGUUUUAAAUAGUCAAUAAGAGUUAAAUUAACACUGUAAAGGACGACUUGGCAAAUUUCACAUCAGUGAAAACAGCUGCUUUUAUGUAGAUUUAUUUGGUUUGCAAAUGUAGAAGAAGAUCCUUGUUAAAUGUUUUCAUCAGACAUAUCAGGAGAGAAUUAAGAAAAGGCCUUGGAACCUCCGCCAAGGCCGAAUAGUUCCUUGUAAAAUCUUGUAAUGUUAAAGGAAGCAAAUGAAUCUGCCACUGUGUCCGGAUUCACACCAAAAUUGUAUGGAUUCUGUGUCUCGGCCCGUUUCUCGUUCUACCACCAGAUUCGUGGAAAUCUGUUCAGUUGUGUUUUUGUUACCAUGCUGACAAACAAACAAACAAACAAACGGACAGGGGUGAAAACAUAACCUUUUGAAGUGGAGAUAAUAAACUUAAACGCCAUCAGCAGCAGAAAGAGAGGAACUUUGGAGAACCUCUUCAGGUAAGAAAUGGAGGAUGGACUUUUUCGGCAGUGAGUAUCCAGAUAUUACAUUUUUGGGAUUAACCAUGGGUCAUUCCAUUAAUUGAUAAGAGGAUAAGUGGCAGUUAAAGACAAAAACACUUAUGUUUAAGAGAGUGAGGAAGAAGUUUUAGGGAAAAUCACUUGAGUCGACUGAUGCCUUUGGCAGUUUAGGAAAAAUCUUCUCUGUCACUGUGUUAAAUAUUAGUAUCUCUAUAUUGUCCCUUUAAACUCAGAAGAACUAAGUUCUAAAAGGAACAGACUGAGUUCCUUUGGAAAAAGAGAAAAACAAACAACACAAGAAACAAACAGACGGAGCAUCAGCUUCAAAUCGUCAUCACGGCUCAGUGGGGAAGGCCAGGAGGAGAAAAUCGAAAUGUUGUACUGAGAUAAGACAAUAAAAAACUUUCAAGAAUAAUAAGAAGGGUUCGAUUAUGUCUUAAAUAUAUUUGCCAUAUUCUGAAAGUAAAAAAAUUAUUUUAAAGGUUGAAAUCAAUUUUGUUUAAUGUUUUGAAUGAUGGAAAAAUUGACAUCCUUUGAUUGGACGGUGCUACAACAGAGAGCAGACAAUAGGUUAGGAGCAAAUCAGUCCGCCUCCAGGAGUCCUACAUUUUUCAGACCAUCAGUGUCGGAGUUUCAGAUCAGAUAGAUGUGGGACAACAAAUCACGUGAUUCACAAGCUCGUAAAUGUGUCGGACAAUCUCUGAAAACUCAAGGUCCGAAAUAACAGACUGCAAUAGGAGAGCAGUUGAACGUCCACACAAAUUCAAAAUAAAGAUUCGCCCUUUCAAAACUCCCUAAUGUACGUGGACCAGUUUUCUGAUCAAGAGUUUACAAGGUUUCAAACCUGGAAAACAAACGGAUGCACUGGGAGAACAGUGACAAAUGUGAAUCUCUGAAAAUGUGUAAAAAGAAGAAAACUCAAUCAAGAGUUUAGAUUAUUUUUCAGCCUAUUAAACAUCAUGCACAGCUUCAAAACUUAGUUUCAAUCAUGCAAAACCCUUUUUAUUCGAUCUCAAACUUUCAAAGCUUUUUCUUUGUUACUUUAGGAAUAUAAUAAAUAAAUGAAUAAAACCAAAGUGACAUCAGUCCAUAUGUAUAUAUUUUGCAAACAUUUUGUAACAAUUGGAAUUUCAAGAGUUGAUGUGGGCGGAACUUUCAAUAAAUAGAAUUUAUUUUAAAAGUCUUGGAUCAUUUAGGUUUAAGGUCCUAAAGAUAAGUCGGUAAAAUACACAAGUAAAAUAAUAUCUGGAGGUGUGCACUGUAUUUCCCAACACCCGUCUUUAUUAAGUAAAUAAACAUACAGCAAAAAUAUAUAACCAUGCAUCAGACAGACACAUGUUGACAUUUGGACAGCUGGCCUGUUGUCAUGGAACAGUGCUGGAGGUAGGACGGGACAGAAAAACACUUCAGCCUCUUCAUUCAGGGUCAAAACAUUCGAUAAAUAGAACAUCAACUGAAAACUGCAUAAAAAAUAGUCAUAGUGUAAUAACUGUAUGCAGAAUCUACAUCUCUUUUUAUACAUUAUGUCCACGACAAAAAUACCAUAUAUCCUCUCACCUCACCCCCCCUUUGCUGUACAGUGGUUCAAUUCAACUUCAAAACCUUUACAGCAAACCAAGUAUUAUCUGAGACUGUUAGUGGCCUGUGUGGUGCGGUUUCACCUUCAUAUACGUCACAAGGUCAAUGAGAAGAGUUGCAGUAUUGAAAUCUGAAUAAACGACCUCGAGCCAGUUUCCAGAUCUGCAGGAACGGGAGAGGAAGGAGCGCGGCGGCGGCGUUCAGAGAGAAAACACUCGAGGGCAAAGCCGAGUUCCUUCCUGUCACCGUUCCUCUCAGAUCUGUAGAGCUGCACAUCCGUCACAAUGAAAGAGGCAGCACAGACGUAAUGUAUUUAAUAUUGUACUUUUGUCUCCAUCUGUACUAGUGACGUUAGGUAGUGGGGUUGCAGGGCAACCUGUCUUUACAUUAAGUUCAGGCGACAAAGACAAGUAAGUCUUUGCCACUUUCCAUGUAGAUAUACACACGCUUUGUCUAUUGUCACAGUGUUUUCUCUAAAGUAGCCUAACUGAGCAUGCUGGUGUAACAACAACACACUGACUGUACAUUUUUGUCUUAAAUAAUAUUUGUUUCGGUUUUUUUUAACUACCUGUUCAGUUUCCUCUGCUCCUUUUGUGAGUCUGCAGAAAUUCAGCCAAAUGAUUUGUAUACAAGAAUUUAUCCUCGUCAUUUUCAAACCAAAACAGAUUCCAGUGGAGAUCUCUCUGCUGACAAAUACCCUCAGUCUACGAACAAGACUUAAUCCUCCUCUGACAAACUGGACGUGUGUGUGUGUGUGACAGGAAGAACGUACGCUGUAUGUAGUAACAGUAGUAACAGUAGCAGUAAUUGUACACGUACAUUAACAGAACAGCAGAUAUAGACCAUAUGUGCACAGUUGUUAGAUGCUGUAAAGGAGACCAGUCAGUCCACUGAACAGGAUUAAGGCAAUUUCACAAGUGUCCUGGUUGUAUGUUAGUAACUACUGUGCAAUUUCAGUAUCACAUUUCAUCUUGCUCUGAUAUAAAAAUAAGAAAAAAAAUUACAGCUGAGUUAUGAUUCAAAACGUGGCAGCUCA